GGCAUAUGAAACAUACACUCAAUAUCCGGGACACGAUCGUGCCGGUGAGCUGGCUAACCUGAUGCAAUUCACCAUCUUUACUUAAUAUCUAAUAUUAAAUAGUAUUUCCUGAUUAUAUUUGUACUGUAAUGGCUGACGAGGGCAUGGCGGAGCAGAUGAAGGACCUGAAAAUUGAAGAAGGAAAAAAGGGUGGAGCAGGCAAGAAUGGAGAGAAGAAGAAGAAGGAGAAGAAGGCUGGAGAUGCAGCUGGGAAGACUGAGCUGUCUCCUCCUCCCUCCUACAUUGAGGAGCGCCUGGCGCUGUACAGAAAGCUGAAGGAGGAGCAUGACACCCUCAUGGCAGAGCGGGCGGAGAAGGACAGUAAACCCAUCAAAGUGACUCUCCCAGAUGGGAAGGUGGUGGAGGCAGAGUCCUGGAGAACCACGCCUUACCAGGUGGCUGCUAGCAUCAGCCAGGGUUUGGCUGACAGCACAGUAGUAGCCAAGGUGAACAGCUCUGUGUGGGAUCUGGACAGGCCUCUGGAAGAAGACUGUAGUCUGCAGCUACUAAAGUUUGAUGAUGAGGAGGCCCAAGCUGUGUACUGGCACUCUAGUGCCCAUAUAAUGGGUGAGGCGAUGGAGAGGGUGUAUGGAGGCUGUUUGUGUUAUGGACCUCCCAUUGAGACUGGCUUCUACUAUGACAUGUUCCUGGACCAAGAUGGUGUGUCCAGUAAUGACUUCCCCUGCUUGGAGAACCUGUGUAAGAAGAUUAUCAAGGAAAAGCAGCCAUUUGAGAGGCUGGAGAUCAAGAAGGAAACUCUUCUGGAAAUGUUCAAGUACAACAAGUUCAAGUGCAGAAUCCUGAAUGAGAAGGUGACCACACCCACCACUACUGUCUACAGAUGUGGACCUCUGAUUGACCUUUGCCGUGGGCCCCAUGUCAGGCACACCGGAAAAAUCAAGGCCUUGAAGAUCCACAAGAACUCCUCCACCUACUGGGAGGGCAAAGCGGACAUGGAAAGUCUCCAGAGGAUCUACGGGAUCUCCUUUCCUGAUCCCAAGAUGCUCAAGGAGUGGGAACGCUUCCAGGAGGAGGCCAAGAACAGGGACCACCGCAAACUGGGUCGGGAACAGGACCUGUUCUUCUUCCAUGACUUGUCUCCAGGCAGCUGUUUCUUCCUGCCCAAAGGAACCUUCAUUUACAACAGCCUGGUGAACUUUAUCAGGAGUGAGUACCGUAAGCGUGGUUUCCAGGAGGUUGUGACCCCAAACAUCUACAACAGCAAGCUGUGGCAAACAUCCGGCCACUGGCAGCACUACAGCGACAAUAUGUUCUCCUUCGAGGUGGAGAAGGAGGUCUUUGCCCUGAAACCCAUGAACUGCCCUGGACACUGUUUGAUGUUUGACCAUCGGCCUCGGUCCUGGAGAGAGCUGCCCUUGCGGAUGGCUGACUUUGGCGUGCUGCAUCGCAAUGAGCUGUCUGGCGCGCUGACUGGUCUGACUCGUGUCCGCCGCUUCCAGCAGGAUGACGCCCACAUCUUCUGCACCAUGGACCAGAUUGAAGAUGAGAUUAAGGGUUGUCUGGACUUCUUGCGUACGGUGUAUGACUGUUUUGGAUUCUCCUUCAAGCUGAACCUCUCCACCAGGCCAGAGAAGUUCCUGGGAGAGCCCGCAGUUUGGGAUCAGGCUGAGAAGCAACUGGAGAACAGUCUGAACGAGUUUGGAGAGAAGUGGGUUCUCAACCCCGGAGAUGGAGCGUUUUAUGGACCGAAGAUUGACAUCCAGAUCAAGGAUGCUAUUGGUCGAUAUCACCAGUGUGCCACCAUCCAGCUAGACUUCCAGCUGCCAAUCCGAUUCAACCUCUCUUUUGUCAGCCAUGAUGGAGAUGACAAGAAGAGGCCAGUCAUCAUCCACAGAGCCAUCCUUGGGUCGGUGGAGAGGAUGAUCGCCAUCCUGACUGAAAACUACGGAGGGAAAUGGCCUCUGUGGCUGUCUCCUAGUCAGGUGAUGGUCGUUCCUGUGGGACCAACCCUGGAUGAGUACGCUCAGAAGAUCCGUGAUGACUUCCACCGUGGAGGGCUGAUGACGGAUGUGGACUGUGAUGCCGGCUGCACUCUCAAUAAGAAGAUCCGGAACGCACAGCUGGCACAGUAUAACUUCAUCCUGGUGGUGGGAGAAAAGGAGAAAGCCAGUGAGACGGUUAACGUGCGCACUCGUGACAACAAGGUGCAUGGCGAGCGCAGCGUGAAGGACUGUAUGGAACGUCUCCAACAGCUGAAAGCUUCACGCAGCCGCAACGCAGAGGAGGAGUUCUAAGACCGGCUGAUUUCAACGCUUCUUUCCCAAUGAACUGACAACAAAGGAGAAUUUCCCAAUCAAAUUCUGUGCCGAGGUUUUCUGUGCCUUUUCCACAAUUUUAAGUGUUUCUGUAAAUGAUUCUCUCUGGAAAACACAUCCUAAUUCAGUUGGUAAAAUGUUUUGGUAAAAUAAGAUGUUAUUGGUUUAAUCAAAGCUGUGGGCUGUACUUCUGUCUGGAAACUAACUUUCUAUUUCUACAGAACUAGUCAUUGUGAUUCCACUAGGGCUUUGUUUCUGUCAGCAGCUGUUGAGGAUAUCUCUGCUUCACAAUGAUUUCAACCAUUUUACCUCUUAGUUGUCAGUAUGUUUUUAGAAGUGUUGAUCAUUGCUGUCAACUGUUGCCAGCUGUUUUCAUACGAUCAAAGAAUUGUAAAUAAAAAGUAUUGCAAUUUUUUUAAACAACAAAAAUUAAAGAAAUGACUCUUAAGGAA